AUGGACAUUUCUCUGACAGGCCUUUUGGAUGCGUCGGAAGAGAGAGGCGAACAGCAAGAUGGCGGCGCCGAUCCCUCCGACUCGAUUGUUUCCGCGAUCGGCAGCAGCUUCGCGGACCUGAACCACAUGAUAGGCGACCAGCUGAACCAGGACUUUGAGAUCGCGAACUUGCUUCCCUACGGAAAGUUCAUCAGCGACAUGCUCGGCCUCGCUGUCGGAUACUACUCCUUCGAGACUUCCUGCAGGGGAGGCGAGUCGUAUUUGGUCAACACCGUCCCCGCACCGAUACGCUCGCUCCCUCCGAACCCGUUCACUGGCAACUUGAAGGACAAAGAAUGCCUGCUGGAGUGCAUAAGCGCGAUGAACACCGAGGAGGACGAGCUCAGAAGGAAAGAUCUCUACGCGCGUUUCUGCAGCGAACACCGAAACUGCGUCUCGCCGAAGGAACUUUUCCUCUGCGCCGCGCGACACAACCGCGAUAUUCAACAGCUGCUUGCCACGAUUGAUGACGAGAUCGAGAAGCCGCAAGAGUACAAACUGAAGCCGAUUUUCAAGACGCGCGCAGGUCGACCGUCCGAAGUUCCGGAGGAUGCGAAUCAACUGGAACAACUGUUGGUGGCGUUGAACAAAGGACACGGCAUCGUGACGCCAGGAACGAAAAUCUGA